GCACAGCUCAACACGGAGCUGCCGGAGGAAGGUUCUGGUAGGUGUCUGGUGGAUUUAGGUGUGUGUUAGUGUUUCUACAGGCGGUGUGAGAGAACCAACAGCAGCUUUAAGUGUUGGACUGAGGCUGGGACUCAGGGUGUCAUGGUGGGUGGAAGUUUCCUGACCCGCAUGAGAGAAUCACACACGGGAACACAGUUUGCGGCAGAACACGGGUGGGUUUCACCAGAAAUGCCCAUUUCUGAACAAAAACUGGAGAAAACAGGCCUUUUGUGUCAAGAGAGAUGGGUUAAAAUAAUGGCGCUGGUUAAAGAAGAAGCUCAUGAAGAACAGAGUGCUGGUGAGGACCAGCAGGAACCAGAACACCUCCACAUAAAGGAGGAACAGGAUGACCUCUGGACCAGUCUGGAGAGAGAGCAGCUACAUUUGAAGGAGACUGAUGCUGCCAGAUUUCUAUUCACUGCUGGUUCUAUAAAGAGUGAGGAUGAUGAAGAAAAACCUCUCGUCUCACAGCUUCAUCAGCAGCAAACAGAAGACCGAGAUGUUCCAGCGAGCAGCUCAGCUGACCAUGUGACAGCAGAAAUGACAAGUCAUUUAGCAACAAGGUCUUCAGGCUGUUGUGUUAGUAAGGAAUGUGUUAUAGUGAAGCAACAUGCAGACUCAUGUAGGGAAGUCCAGAAAAAGACUAAAACAUUUAGUUGUGAUUACUGUGUAAAAGAAUUUAUGGUUAAAUCAAGUUUAAACAGACACAUGAGAAUCCACACAAGACAGAAGCCUUUUGCCUGUGAGCUGUGUGGAAAAGGAUUUAACCAAAAGACAGAUUUAAACAGACACGCAAGAGUCCACACAGGACAGAAGCCUUUUGCCUGUGAGCUGUGUGGGAAAGGAUUUAACCAAAAGACAGAUUUAAACAGACACGCAAGAGUCCACACAGGACAGAAGCCUUUUGUCUGUGAGCUAUGUGGACAAAGAUUUAACCAACGAACAACUUUAAACAGACACAUGAGAAUCCACACAAGACAGAAGCCUUUUGCCUGUGAGCUGUGUGGAAAAGGAUUUAACCGAAAGACAGAUUUAAACAGACACGCAAGAGUCCACACAGGACAGAAGCCUUUUGCCUGUGAGCUAUGUGGACAAAGAUUUAACCAACGAACAACUUUAAACAGACGCAUAAGAAUCCACACAGGACAUAAGCCUUUUGUCUGUGAGCUGUGUGGACAAAGAUUUAACCAAAAGACAACUUUAAAAGAUCACAUGAGAACCCACACAGAACAGACGCCUUUUGCCUGUAAGCUCUGUGGAAAAAGAUUUAACCGACGAACAAAUUUAAGGAGACACAUAAGAAUCCACACAGGACAUAAGCCUUUUGCCUGUGAGCUGUGUGGACAAAGAUUUCGUUAUAAGACAAGUUUAAACAGUCAUAUGAGUGUCCACACAGGACAGAAGCCUUUUACAUGUGAGCUCUGUGGACAAAGAUUUAACCGACGAACAAAUUUAAGCAGACACAUAAGAAUCCACACAGGACAUAAGCCUUUUGCCUGUGAGCUGUGUGGACAAAGAUUUAACCAAAAGACAACUUUAAAAGAUCACAUGAGAACCCACACAGGACAGAAGCCUUUUGCCUGUGAGCUGUGUGGACAAAGAUUUAACCGAAAGACACAUUUAAAAGAUCACAUGAGAAUCCACACUGGAGAGAAACCUUUUGCCUGUGAGCUGUGUGGACAAAAGUUUAGUUAUAAGACAAAUUUAAAAGACCACAUGAGAACCCACACAGGAGAGAAACCUUUUGCCUGUGAGCUGUGUGGAAAAGGAUUUAACCGAAAGACAGAUUUAAACAGACACACAAGAGUCCACACAGGACAGAAGCCUUUUGCCUGUGAGCUGUGUGGACAAAGAUUUCGUUAUAAGACAAGUUUAAACAGUCACAUGAGUGUCCACACAGGACAGAAGCCUUUUAUAUGUGAGCUCUGUGGACAAGGAUUUAGUGUAAAGAAAAGUUUAAAGAAUCACACGAGUGUCCACCCUGGACAGAAGCCUUUUGGUUGUUUAACUUGAUGUAAGUGGUUACUUUUAAUAAAUGAUCAAUAAGAUGUGAUAUUUCCAUAUAAAUAUGAAAUAUCAAUAUUAUUGAUCUUUUGAAAUUUUAUCUAAAAUUAAACCAGGUCAUUUUGGUAGUUCGGGGAAAUCUAACCUUCGUAAUAUUUUGAGAGCGAGCGAAAAAUAUUUUCUAAAAACAAAUUUAAUACUACAUUUCUACUACUGUGUGGGCGACGGUGGCACAGGAGUAAAGUGCUCACCCCGUAAUCGAAAGGUAGCAGGUUUGAGCCUCUGCUUAAUCUGUCGCUGUCAUUGUGUCCUUGGGCAAGACAUUUAGCUCACCUUGCCUGCUGGUGGUGAUCGGAGGGACCGGUGGCGCCAGUGCUCGGCAGCCUCGCCUCUGUCAGUGCAUCCCAGGGCAGCUGUGGCUACAUCGUAGCUCAUCCCCGCCAGCGUGUGAAUGGGUGAAUGACUGAUUGUGUUGUAAAGCGCCUUGGGGGUUUCCAGGACUCUAGAAGGUGCUAUAUCAAAUACAGGCCAUUUACCAUUUACUAAUGAUGACACGGAACAAAUGAUGAUAAAUUAUGUUUGAAACAAGAUAACUGGGACAAUGAAUGAAAUGAUGGAAUGUGUACUUAGAUGUUAUGUAGUAAAACCAAGUGUCUUAGAAAAUUGUGAUGUCUGGGUUGUAAAAUACGUCUGAAUGUAUGGUUUAACAAUCUCUAUUAAAACACCAUCCCACGCCAGUUGUGCAGAA